AUGAUGGGACAGUCCCCAGAGUCCAAAUCUACCUAUCUAAAGUACAGUCCGGUCACGGGAUAUUUCGAGCAAGAUGAGCCCGGAACUGAUCCUCGGGAGUAUGACUUUGUCAGCCAUAGCUUCGGCUUGAUAGAACGAGAGUAUGACACAGAUGCCAUAUUUGAUCCAAAUCACGAGAGAACGCAAUGGCAGCGGUUUCACUUCCACAUCGAUGAACUGAAUGCGCAUGCUGCCCCCGGCGUUCAGUUCAAAGUUCUUUACCUCGGCCGCCACGGAGAAGGCUAUCACAACGUAGCAGAGGCAUUAUACGGCACUGAAGCGUGGGAUUGCUACUGGUCCACCCAAGACGGCAACGGCAACAUCACCUGGUCCGACGCCCUCCUGACCCCGGCCGGCAUCGCCCAAGCCUCCCACGCUAACGCCUUCUGGCGCACCCUAACAACAGACCACGGCAUCCCGCUCCCACAAUCUUACUACAGCAGUCCUCUGCUCCGCUGCCUCGCCACCGCUUACUAUACCUUCUCCUCGCUCUCCCACCCUAAAGACUCCCCCUUCCUCCCCACCAUCAAAGAAAUGCUGCGCGAGGCAAUGGGAGUCCACACCUGCGAUCGCCGGAGCUCGAAGUCCGCUAUCAGUAAAUUGUAUCCCGAUUGGCCUUUUGAAGAGGGCUUUGAGGAAAAUGAUCCCCUGUGGGUGAGCGAUUUGAGGGAGGCGGACAGCGCGAUGGUUGUUAGGGCUCGGUCUGCUAUGGAUGACAUCUUUAAUGCGGAUGGGAAUACGCAUAUUAGUAUUUCGAGUCAUUCAGGGAUGAUUGCUAGUCUUUUGGAAUUCAUCGGACAUCGAAAAUUUGGUCUGGGUACGGGACAGGUUAUCCCUGUGCUGGUCAAGGCAGAAAGAAAUGCUGGGCAAUUACCACCAAGCGGAGACACACCAUGGGAGAAAGUGGACCUUUGCACCGAGCCUCCGGCUAUACUUUUACCUAAUUGA